AUGGCCUUCCGCUCCGCCCUCCUCCGUCUCCCCACCACUGCCACCACCGCCGUACCCGUCCUCUCCCGAUCCUCCGCCCGUGCUCCCGCAGUAGUAUUGCAGCAGCAGCAAUGCAGACACGCGCACGCCAUUUCCAACCCUACUCUGGCGAAUAUUGAGAAGAGAUGGGAGGGCAUGGCUCCUCAGGAGCAGGCGGAUCUGUGGAUGGCGUUGAGGGAUCGCAUGAAGGGGGAUUGGAAUGAGUUGACGUUGCAGGAGAAGAAGGCUGCCUACUGGAUAGCUUUCGGACCCCACGGCCCACGUGCCCUUCCUCCUCCCGGCGAGAAUUGGAAAGUCUUCUCUUACACCCUGAUCGGCAUCGGCGCUGCGGGAGCCCUGUUCGGUCUUGUGAAGUACUUUGCUCGUGGAUCCCCGAGGACGAUGACGGUGGAGUACCAGAGGGCUACGGAUGAAUAUCUUAAGGAAAACCGCAUUGAACCCAUCACCGGCAUCUCCAGCGACAAGACCAACUACCCCGGCAGCAAGACCUUCCAGAUGCCCACGCCCGACCUAUUCGAUGGUCCCGCGAGGAAGGAGUAG